CUUUUAUAACACACAAAAACAAAACACAAACCAACUGGCAGUGCCAGUGUGUAUUUUGUCAUCAUCAAAUCAAAAUAAAUGCAUAAACCACUUGAAGCAUUUCGGCGAGCGUUUGUUGGCUUUUAAAUUUUUAUUUUCUUUUUACUUGUAAAUAGCUUACAAAAAGCCACAUACACGAGCGCGUACACACAACUAUGUCGAAACGCUGCUGUGCUGAAAUGUGUUUCAAUUCGCAGACGAUAAACAAAAAUGUUUCCUACUUUGGUUUCCCCAAAUACGAAGAAUUUGCUGUUAAAUGGGCGAAUGCCGCCAAUCGAGCUGAUCUCCUUGAGAAAAAACUGAGCUGUAUCACCAAGUACUAUUUAUGUUCAGAGCAUUUCAGCGAUGACUGUUUCAUCGAUCCACCACAAAAUACACGUCUGAAAAAGACAUUUUAUCCCCUCAGUAUACCCGUGCCAACGAUAUUCAAGUCUAACAUUGAAAAGUAUAUUCCGAUCGUAAAGAGGAAUGCUAGUGGCAUUGAGUCUUUUGCCGAAGAUAUGGAACGAUCAAAGCGAACACCAAACUAUGGACCAAUCAAUGAUUUCUCACUGAUGAACCGAAGUUCCAAAGAGGGCAUAUCAAUGGAAAGUCUAUCGGUGUUUCAUGAUCAUUACAAUUACCCGGACAUAUCCGGUUCGGCAUCGUUUUUCAAUGACAUUGCGGUCAGUAUAAAUGAUUUUUCCAACGAGAACUCAUUUGAUAACAUCGCUGACUGCCCAUUACCCGAUAUAACCGAAGAGAUUCAGCACUCGUUUCUGUUGUGCAGACUAUGCGCAAAAACAUUCUCAUCCGGUGAGCAUCUCAAAGAAUUUUCUACAGAACCAGGCAUAUACGAAACACUGGACACCAUCUUACCAAAUCAAAUAAAAAGUGACGAUAAUCUAUCUCAAUUAGCUUGUACAAAUUGCCUAGACAAAUUGAAUACGUGUAUAAAUAUAAUAAAUUCAUUCAAAGAGGCUCAAUUACAAAUACAGAUCGGAAUCAAUUGAAUUCCAUCCACGAAACUGAAUACAGAUUUAUUUUUUGAAUAAAAAAAAAACGGAAAACGAAAAAAAA